AUGAAAAGACAGUUUUUACUGGAGCGACUGCUGGAUGCAGUGAAACAGUGCCAGAUCCGCUUUGGAGGGAGAAAAGAGAUCGCCUCCGAUUCCGACAGCAGGGUGACUUGCCUGUGCGCCCAGUUUGAAGCCGUCCUGCAGCAUGGCUUGAAGAGGAGUCGGGGAUUGGCGCUCACAGCGGCGGCGAUCAAACAGGCGGCCGGCUUCGCCAGCAGAACCGAGACAGAGCCCGUGUUCUGGUUCUACGUGAAGGAGGUCCUCAACAAGCACGAGCUGCAGCGCUUCUCCGCCCUGCGCCACAUCGCCUCGGACGUGGGCCGCGGCCGCGCCUGGCUGCGCUGUGCCCUCAACGAGCACUCCCUGGAGCGCUACCUGCACAUGCUCCUGGCCGAUCGCGGCAGGCUCAGCACUUUUUAUGAAGACUGGUCCUUUGUGAUGGAUGAAGAGAGGUCUAGCAUGCUUCCCACCAUGGCAGCUGGUCUGAACUCCAUACUCUUUGCCAUCAACAUUGACAACAAGGAUCUGAAUGGGCAGAGUAAGUUUGCUCCUACCGUCUCAGACCUCUUAAAGGAAUCCACGCAGAAUGUGACCUCCUUGCUGAAGGAAUCCACGCAGGGUGUGAGCAGCCUUUUCAGGGAGAUCACGGCAUCCUCUGCGGUCUCCAUCCUGAUCAGACCUGACCAAGAGACCGACCCCCUGCCUGUCCUGUCCAGGAACGUCAGUGCCGAUGCCAAAAACAGAAAGGAGCGGAAGAAGAAAAAGAAGGUGACCAACAUCAUCUCAUUUGAUGAUGAGGACGACGAACAGAACCCUGGUGACGUGUUCAGAAAGAUGCCCGGGACAGGGGCACGCUCAGAGGACAACUCUGACGGCUCCUCAGUCAACAUCAUAUCGGCCUUUGAAAGCCCCUUUGGGCCAAACUCCAAUGGAAGCCAGAGCAGCAACUCAUGGAAAAUUGACUGUGUGUCUUUGAACGGGGAGUUUGGGUACCAGAAGCUUGAUGUGAAAAGCAUCGAUGAUGAAGAUGUGGAUGCAAACGAGGAGGAUGUGUGUGGAAACACACCGGGAAGGAAGUGCAUGCGCCACGUGGAGUCACCUGAGAAGCCUCUGGACGGGAACACCGGCCUGUCCCCGAUGCACAGCUGGGCCCCACUGCAGGUGCUGCAUGGUGACACCGAUGUCCUCUUUCCAGUCAGCGGAGUGGGUUCCUACAGCCCAGCAGAUGCACCUGUCGGAAGCCUGGAGAACGGGACCGGCCCGGAGGAGCACGGCCUUGCUGAGCCUGGACGUCGGUACAGUGUGGAAGCCAGUCCCCCAGGCCAGGGAAGUCCUCUGAGUAGCCUGUUGCCGGCUGCCUCGGUGCCAGAGUCGAUGACGAUUAAUGACCUGCGGCAAGCCAUCAUGGCCAUGAUGAACAGGAAGGACGAGCUGGAAGAGGAGAACAGAUCGCUGCGGAACCUGCUUGACGGUGAGAUGGAGCAUUCUGCCGCACUCCGACAGGAGAUCGACACGUUGAAAAGGAAAAUGGCCGAGCAGGAGGAGAGGCACGCUGGGAAGGUCCAGGCGCUGGCCAGAGAAAACGAGGUGCUCAAAGUCCAGCUGAAGAAAUAUGUAGGAGCUGUCCAGAUGCUGAAAAGAGAAGGCCAGACGGCUGAAGUUGUGCCAAAUCUUUGGAACGUUGACGGAGACGUUACGGUCACAGAGCAGAAGUCGGGAGAAAUUGCAGAAGAGCUGGCGAGCUCCUAUGAGAGAAAGCUCAUUGAGGUGGCGGAGAUGCACGGCGAGCUGAUCGAGUUCAACGAGCGCCUACACCGCGCCCUGGUGGCCAAAGAAGCCAUGGUGGCCCAGAUGAGGCAGGAGCUCAUUGACCUGCGUGGGCCGGUGCCUGGAGAUUUGAGUCAAACAUCUGAAGACCAGAGUUUGUCGGAUUUUGAAAUAUCAAACCGGGCUCUGAUCAACGUCUGGAUCCCCUCAGUGUUUCUCCGGGGCAGAGCUGCAAAUGCAUUCCACGUGUACCAGGUCUACAUCCGGAUAAAGGAUGACGAGUGGAACGUCUACCGGCGCUACACGGAGUUCAGGAGUUUGCAUCACAAGCUCCAGAGCAAGUACCCCCAAGUGAGGGCCUACAGCUUCCCACCCAAGAAGGCCAUUGGAAACAAGGAUGCCAAGUUUGUGGAGGAACGGCGGAAGCAGCUCCAGAGUUACCUGCGAAGCGUCAUGAACAAAGUCAUCCAGGUGGUCCCCGAGUUUACGGCCAGCCCCCGAAAGGAGACGCUCAUGCAGCUGAUUCCCUUCUUUCUUGACAUCACACCUCCUGGGGAACCAGUGAACAAGAACAGUCGCCCCAAAGUGGCAUCCCGCUUCCCCAAGCUGUCCCGAAGCCACCCCAGGGAGACGCGCAACGUGGAACCACAGAGCGGUGACCUCUGA